AUGUCUUCUUCGCUGUCAUCCGUUGUUUCUGGCCUCGUUCGUGCGCAAAUGGGAACCUCAGUUUCAUCUACGGUCACAGACGACGACCUUGACCGUCACGUCGCGGAACUCAUUCUUCGAGAGGCCAAGAAGAAGGCAGAGAAAUAUGGGCAACAAGGAAUUAGGGCAUAUAUCUCCAGCAAUCUGUCGGACGGCAAUGCCCCCAGGACGAACAAGCGAUUCCUGACUUCCAUCAUCAAGAGCACUGACGAGCACAACAAGACGCUGCUUAGAGCCCAAGCGCUCGCGGCGCAGGAAGUGAAACAAGAGCGUGAAGAGCAGGAGAGAAGACAAAGGAGGGCGCGGGCGGAGGAGGCUGCCGAGGCAGAACGGUUGCGCAGGUCUGGGAAAAGUGGAAAACGGAAGAGAACGAGCGACGAGGAGGGCUGGGACCGCUGGGACGGAAGGCGGGCUGAGCGGAGAAAGGUUCACCGGAAUUGGGAGUCUUGGGACGGGCACGACGAUGAAGACUCCGACCGCGACACGUCUAGGAGACGAAGGCGGAGCCAUUCUCGCUCGAGGUCGCGCAGCAGAGAUAGGGACAGCAGACGGCACAGGUCGUCGCACUCGCAUUCAAGGCGCAAACGGGACGAAGACGACGAUGAGUUGUCUUCCAAACGCCGCAGACGCGGGCGGAGCCGCAGCCGUAGUGCCUCGCCACGCAGAAAACGCUCGCGAGACGGCAGUCGAGACCGGCACGAGGACGACGCACGGCGCAGGAAACGGCGGCGAGGUCGCGAGGACCCCGACAGGCACUCUCGCUCGCGGCGGUCACGUUCGCGCUCACCUCGUCGCUCGACCUCACCUCUAUCUGACGCGGAGCCCGCUAGAUCCAAACACAAGGGCACAAAGUCUCCGAAAUAUGCACUGGACGACCUCCGUGAAGAAGAGGUGUUGUCUCGACGUGAUCGAGACACUCCUGACACUCCUCGAAAAUCGGACUCGAAGCAGGAAACACCAGAGGUCGAAACCCAAGAGGAGCCCGAAGGCUCUGCUAGUCCAAAGGACUACUCCACCAGUCCGCAACCACUAUCCCAUCGAUCGCUUUCAAUUGGUUCGAAAGUUACCAACGACAACAAACCACAAGCCCCAGGACCUUCCUCCCGACGAGCUUCUACUCCUCUCUCCGACUCUCGUUCACCAAGUCCUGGGCCACAGCCUCUUAUCCAGCUUCCAUCGAAGAUGGACCGUUAUUUCGAAGAGUCGUACGAUCCAAAACUAGACGUUGCGCCUCUCGCGCCACCGAAAGUGCCCGCUACCGGGCUCAUAGAUAACGCCGAAUUCGAAGGGUGGGACGCCAUGCUCGAACUCAUCCGUGUCCGACGGGAAGAUAAAGCAGAGAAGAAGAGACUAGAAAGGCUGGGUCUGCUGCCGAAGGAGAAGAGCAAAACGAAGAAAGGCGUCGUUGAAAGCUCCAGCGCCGCUGUGGCGGAUAGAUGGAGCGGGGAAGGUGUUAGUGUCAUGGAUAUUGCAUAUCAGAAGAGGGGAACGGUUCGGGAAUGGGACAUGGGGAAGGAGGGGUUUUAA